UACAAUGAGAUUGCGUGGGGGGAGUGGCCAUAGAGAGGAAUGGGAGGGUGAAUGGGACGGACAGUUUCCCGCGGCAUUGUGGGAUGCGAAGGCCGCCGGGGAGGAGGUGUUAUCGCCAGGGAACCCUUUCGGUUUCUCGGAUUCUCGCCUGGGUGCGCGCGCGUGUGCACGACAAAAGAACCUUUAGAGACUGAGGGAAAGCGCGCGCGCGCUGUACUCUCUUUCCCCCUCCUCCUUCCCUCCCCCUCCAGAGUCCAAGAUGGCGGCUGCUGGUGCGGAGGCGCAGGCUUCCCCGGUAAUUCCCUGUUCGGUGGGUUCCUGGCCAGAUUUCGCCGUGGUCUGCUCGUUCCUGGAGCGCUAUGGGACUACCCUGGACCUGCCCGAGCUCACCUUCCCGGAGCUGGAGGAGGCGCUGGAAGAGACCGGGGCAGUCGCAAAGCCAUUGGUGGAACUGCAUUUGAAAUUGUUAAGGAAAAUUGGCAAAUCGGUCACAAUGGAUAGAUGGGAAAAGUACUUAAUCAAGGUGUGCCAGGAAUAUAACAGCACUUGGGCCUGGGAGAUGGAGAAGAAAGGUUACCAGGAGAUGAGUGUGGAGUGCAAAGUGGGGCUACUGAAGCAUCUCUGUGAGUGUCAGUUUGAUGACAAUUUAAAGUUCAAGAACGCCAUUAAUGAAGAAGAUGCUGAUGCAAUGCGCCUCCAGCCUAUUGGUAGAGAUAAGGACGGUUUGAUGUAUUGGUUUCAACUGGAUCAGGAUCACAACGUCCGCAUGUACAUAGAGGAGCAAGAUGAUCAAGAUGGUUCCACAUGGAAAUGCAUUGUCAGGACUAGGAAUGAGCUUGCAGAAACUCUUGAAUUGCUGAAAGCACAAAUAGACCCUGCCUUGCUUAAAAAAUCAGAACCACAAGACAGUUCAUCUCGUGAAAGUCCUAACCCAGAGCAGGAUGAACUUAAGAAAGAAAACGGGGAGGGAGCAUCAGAGGAAGGCCAUAUUAAGGAAGAAAAGCCGGAUGAAAAGAGUCUGCAGUCUCCAUCCAACUGUAAAGAGGAAGAUCAAAGUAAUGGCCUUAAAACAGAAGAUGGUCAGCCUUUAAAAUUGUCAUUACAAAUAAAGGCCGAGCCUGUUUCAGACAUGGAGACAGAUAAACAAAUUGCCAAAGAAGAAAACGACUCCUUCAAGGAAAACGUAAAGCCUGUAAAGGAGGAUAGAACAGCACCAAAGGACUUAAAGGAACCCAAAGGAAACACAGAUAGGGUAACUCCACCUCAUGAACCCGAAAGGGCUGAAAUAUCAGUGAUUGUAAAACGUGCAGACGAUCACAUGGAGAAGACGGUGGAGGAAACAGAGAAGAUGAAGAACGAUCAUCAAGCGAAGAUUCCUUUGAAAAAAAGGGAACUAAAACUGACAGACGAUUUUGAUGUUAAAUCCUCCCUUUGCAGAUCUGUCACUCCUUCAAAAGAUCCAUUGCUUAAAGAUGAUGGGAAGCAAGAAGAGGACCACGUUAAGACCAGUUUAAGUACUGGUCCUGGUGGGAAGCGACUGGUUAAUGGUGAAAUGAACUGUGAAAAAAAUGCGCACAAAACAAAGGUGAGCCAAGUGGAGAAUAAAACCAACAGCGUGAAAGACACCGUUAUCGCCACCAAGGAAGAAAAUGGCUUCUUAAAUGAGAGAAAAAACUCCGGAGUUAUCAGAAUUGUUCAUGGCUAUAAAGGGCUGAGCAAGGCCUCUAGCAAUGACAGCUUCGAAAAAGACAUUGAUAAUAACUCAGUAAUGCCAUCAGCUGAAAAACUGGAGCAAAAAACACUUUCAAAGGAACCUCCAGAUAGCACUGAGCAGAGUAAGAUUAGCAGUGAUUCCAAAGAGAGAGAAGUAACAACAAAAGAACCAGCAGUUGAGUCCAGUGAAGAGAAGUCAACCAUAGCCAAGGAGACAUCACAAAAAGAUAAAAAGGGUGCAGUGACCGAUAAAGACCCAGUGGUUGAAAAACCAGAGGAAAGCAGUGAAACAAAAAAUGUGACUGAGGAUCAGUGCGAAUCAGAGAAACCAAAGGUAGAGCCUGAACAAAAGUCCGUUAAAGAGGGAACUACAAACGAUCCUGUUGAGCCAGAAUCCUCUAUGGUAAAAGAUAUGGAAACAAACAAGACCAGAAAACCAGAGACCUGUAUAAAAGCUGCUACAGAUGCAAAGAAUUCAACACUUGAAGUAUCUUCAGAAAGCAAACCCAAGGAGCAAGAAGAGGAGCCUGUCCUCGAAUCUUUGGGAAAUGAUCAAAAAACAGAAUCUUCAAAAUGUAAAUCUAAAGAUAAAGCCGCUCCGAAAGAUAAAGCCGCUCCGAAAGAUAAAGCCGCUCCGAAAGAUAAAGCCGCUCCGAAAGAUAAAGCCGCUCCGAAAGAUAAAGCCGCUCCGAAAGAUAAAGCCGCUCCGAAAGAUAAAGCCGCUCCAAAAGAAAGCAGUGACAGUAAUGAGGUUGAAUCUACCCAGAAAGGGAAAGAACAGCCAGAUAAAACUCUGGUUGAAGAACAGGAGAAGGUCUCAAAUACGGAGAAACAGCCUUCAAAGAGUAGAUCUAGAUAUAAACAUGACCCAGAGGAUGAGAACAGCGAAACAGGAGGUCAGGAAACAACAUCGGAGAGACAUAAAGAUGGAAUUAAGUUGACAAUCCGGACUAUACGGGUGGCCAGCAAGAACAGGAGAUUUGAGCCACCGGAGGUGCAGCCUGUAGUUUCAGAGGAAGCCGAGGAAAGUAUUGGUCGGACAUUGAGGCGUUCCCCUCGAAUUUCACGCCCUUCAGCGAAGCCUGCUGCUGAGGUUAAAGACCGAAAGCCAGAAAAGAAACAAAGCGAUGAGGAAGACCAGCCUGCUUCUCAGAGAUCUGAGAAAGAUGAUGAGAAAGAGACCAAUCAAGAUGCCAGCCAAAAAAUAAAGAAGAAUAAACCAAGGCAAAGGAGGCGAGCUCGCUGGACUAACUCUCGGUCGCGACGGAGACGCAAAUCUUCCAGUGACGACGAAAGUGAGGAGUCCGACAGUGAGGAGGACUCCGAGGAGGAUUCGGAAGAGAACAAGGAAGACGGUGCCCCCGGUGAAGAUGAUGAGCCUUGCAAGAAGUGUAGCCUCCCCAACCAUCCGGAAUUGAUUUUGUUGUGUGACUCUUGUGACAGUGGCUACCAUACAGCUUGCCUUCGGCCACCCCUGAUGUUGAUUCCAGAUGGAGAAUGGUUCUGCCCGCCAUGCCAACAUAAGCUACUGUGUGAAAAACUGGAAGAGCAGUUACAGAAUGUAGACGUUGUUCUGAAGAAGAAGGAGCGAGCAGAGAGAAGGAAAGAACGGUUAGUUUAUGUUGGAAUUAGCAUCGAGAACAUCAUCCCAACUCAAGAACCAGAAGAGGUGCCGGAGGUACAGGAAAAAGAAGAGAAGAAGAAAAAGAAAGCAAAGUCCUUGGAAAGACGGUCCACAAGAGCAAGAAAGUUUAUAAGCUACAGGUUUGAUGAUUUUGAUGAAGCAAUCGAUGAAGCGAUAGAAGAUGAUAUCAGAGACGCAGAUGGAGAGGGUGGUAUUGGUCGAGGAAAGGACAUGUCCAACAUCACUGGGCACCGAGGAAAGGACAUUUCCACUAUUUUAGAAGGGGAAAAGACAGAAGGAAAACGGCCACAGAGGGCAGUCGCUCGACGUAAAAAACGCAGGCGACUGAAUGACUUGGAAAGCGAUAGCAACAUGGAAGAGGAGGAAAGUGAAGACGAGUUCCAGAUUAGCGAUGGGUCUCAGGAUGAGUUUGUAGUGACCGAUGAACAUGCAGAAGAGAGCGAUGAAGACCAGCAAUCAAACGAAAGUGAUUUUGGUGCACGCAAGCCAAGGAGGCACUACCGGCAACCAGUGAGGAAAAGUAGGCGUAUAAAGAAGCGCUCUACAAGGUGGAGAUAUUCAGAUGAUGAUGAUGACGAUGAGGACUCUGAUGAGGAGGCUCAGGAGUCUGAAACUGAAGGGUCCAGUGAUUACAGUGAUGAUUAUCUGGAUACUCGCAGGAGGCGGUCGCGGAGGAGCCAAAAACAACAGGUCAAUUACAGAGAAGACUCUGAAAGCGAAGGCUCACAGAAAGCAGCUCGUUAUGGCAGAGGCAAAGAGAUGAGGAGGAUAAUCAAGCGUAGGUUUUCCAGCUCUGACAGCAAUGCAAGUGGCUACUCCAAAAACUCGGACGAUAACCUGCCACAGAGGGGUAGGAAGCAGGCAGUGCGGAAACGAAUUAGGAGUUCCAAUGAUGACCAGUCUGAGGAGGAGGAGAAACCAGUCAAAAAACGACUAAAUCGAAUCGAGACCGACGAGGACGACGAUGAUGAUGAGGAGGAAGAACCAAAACACACAGAUGAAAAGCCUCCUACAGUAGAAAAACCCCCUGCCUCAAGCACUCUCCAAGAAAGCAGUAAAAAGCCUUAUCGGAUAGAAAGCGAUGAUGACGAUGACUUUGAUAAUGUAGGGAAAGAUGGAAGCCCGUUGGACUAUAGUUUAGUGGAUUUACCUUCCACCAAUGGACAAAGCCCGGGGAAAACCAUUGAAAGUUUGAUUGGGAAACCAAGUGAAAAAAGUCAAAGUACGAAGGACCCCCCAGCCAAUAUCAGCCAGGCUUCCAAUGGGACAAGUAGUAGCCAGGAAGCCCCCGCGCCGGAGGAAGAUGAAGAUGAACUCUUGCGAGUAACCGACCUUGUGGAUUAUGUCUGUAACAGUGAACAGUUAUAAAACUCCUUUCUGCA